AUGUCAAUUAAACCAUUGUCUUCAGAGUUACAAAAAUUGCUAGGCGCAAUUCAAUUAGUCAAUCAAAGUAUCAGCAACGUGCAAAGUAGACUGUGCGAUAAAAAAAAUGUCGGAUCAGCGAGGACCGAGCAAGAGAGCAAAAAUAGAAACGCCACAAAUAUUACGAAACUAGUUGAUAAAGUAGAUUAUUACGAUUCUGAUUUCUCUAUAAAAAGUUUUAAUAAUCAGUCUUUGGACAAGAGACAUAUUGAAAUUGGAGAUAAAAGUAUUGCAGAACGCGAUGUAAAAAUUAGAAGAAGAACUAUCUUUUUAAAUAAAUUGAUGACACCGUUUUAUAAGCACAAAAGCUCGAUUAGCGAUUUAGAGGUACAGAGCGGUCGCAGAAACUUCCUCAAAAAGAGAAAAUUGAAUGAGAGAGAGUUUUCCAAAUCAGGCGACAAAUUGUCUCAUUCAAGGUUUAAUAGAAAUUUAAAGUCUCUGACGAAAAAUUACGAAACACGAAUGAAGCCAAUCCGACAGUUCGGAUUGAAAAAAAUGAAGCGCACAACGCCAAUUUUAGGAUUGUCGCGUUUGAUUAAAAGUGACAUAUCGAGCAAAAAUUUUGAAGGCGGCAGACAAAAUCAUCAAAAGAAUCAUCAAAUAAAAAAAAAAUUUCAUCCUAUUGAUCCACAAUUUUAUAAGGAAGCGACGGCUUAUCUUGAUAUACUUGAAUUAUUGGGUAAAACUAAAAAAGUAGAAUACGCUACUGAAAUAUGGACCACUCAGAAACUAACGGAGUCGUUGCCAUCAUUAAUUUUCACAACUACAGAAUUUUUUGUACCUACGUUAACAUUUUUACCGUACUUUAUCGAGGCACCGAUAAUUACAACUUCCAGUACAAUCGCAGAAGAGAAAGAAAUUUUCGAGAUAACUAAAUCGUCUUUAUAUGAAUACAUAACAUCGCCGAUUACGUUAAGUGCUUCUAUAAUACCAAUGUCGACUACGUUGCCACUAUUUUAUAUGACAAAAUUAACAAUUCUUUCGAUGGAGGAAACUGCAAUAUCAAUCACUGAUUUAACUAUAACACCAGUUGUUGCGAUUACUGAAGUAACUGAAAUUCCUAUCACAAUUCCAAUGAUAGAAAUUUUUACAACCGAAUCUGUCAUGCUAUUAACUGCAUUUUUAGAAGAUAUGACGGAUAUUACUUUAAAGAUUACAGUUCCUGUAGCUACUGAAACUUUAAUUGAAGAGAUACCCGCUUUAACCGUUGUUACAGAGAGAGAAAUUAUGGAAAAUAUAUCAACAAGUCUGGCAACGGAAAUAACACAAAGUUCAUUUAUUGAAACAAAUAUAUCUUUAUAUACAUUCUCGACAUUACUUGAAACUACACAAACAGAAUUGAUGAUUGAAACUACAACUUUUAUCGUAUCAGUUUUAACAUCUCUAGCAACAGCUUCUCAAAUUGCAACAUCAGAAUCUGUUGGCGAGAAUAUAACUUUGUAUAAAACUGAGAGUACUACUGCAAUCGCAAGUUCGCCUAUGGUUUUAAAACAAACGGAAACGAUUUUAAGUACAUCGACAAAAAUUGCGAUAACAACUUUAAUACCGGAGGACGAGAGUCCAGUGUCACAGAUUGAGAAAACUAUAACCGCGGAGGAAACAGCUACAGAAGUUCCAACGACUACCGAAACUCCAACGCCUACUGAAAUUAUAAUAAUUACUACUGAAACUUUAACAACAGCUACGGAGAUUCCAAUGACCAUAGAAGCUACAACAAUUACAGAAACUUCAAUUCUUACUGAAAUUUUGACAACUCUUAAAACUCCAAUUACUGAAGAAACUACAAGUACUAAAACUUCAACGCUCAGUACAACGUCACUUAAAAUUGAAACAACCGAAAUUUCGACAACUAGCAAAACUUCGACAAUUACUGAGACUUCAUUUAUAAAAACUACAAUAACCGAAAUUCUACCGAUUAAUAAAACUAUAACAACUGCGGAAACACCAACUAUCGAAACUUCGACAGCCAGCAAAAUAUUAACGAUUAGUACAAUUCCAACGAUUAUAGCUACAACAACAACGGAAAUUUUAACAUCUACUGAAAUUUUGACAACUCUUAAAACUCCAAUUACUGAAGAAACUACAAGUACUAAAACUUCAACGCUCAGUACAACGUCACUUAAAACAACCGAAAUUUCGACUAUAAAAACUACAAUUACCGAAAUUCUACCGAUUAAUAAAACUAUGACGACUGCGGAAACACCAACAACUAUCGAAACUUCGACAGCCAGCAAAAUAUUAACGAUUAGUACAAUUCCAACGACUAUAGCUACAACAAUGAUAGAAAUUUUUACAACCGAAUCUGUCAUGCUAUUAACUGCAUUUUUAGAAGAUAUGACGGAUAUUACUUUAAAGAUUACAGUUCCUGUAGCUACUGAAACUUUAAUUGAAGAGAUACCCGCUUUAACCGUUGUUACAGAGAGAGAAAUUAUGGAAAAUAUAUCAACAAGUCUGGCAACGGAAAUAACACAAAGUUCAUUUAUUGAAACAAAUAUAUCUUUAUAUACAUUCUCGACAUUACUUGAAACUACACAAACAGAAUUGAUGAUUGAAACUACAACUUUUAUCGUAUCAGUUUUAACAUCUCUAGCAACAGCUUCUCAAAUUGCAACAUCAGAAUCUGUUGGCGAGAAUAUAACUUUGUAUAAAACUGAGAGUACUACUGCAAUCGCAAGUUCGCCUAUGGUUUUAAAACAAACGGAAACGAUUUUAAGUACAUCGACAAAAAUUGCGAUAACAACUUUAAUACCGGAGGACGAGAGUCCAGUGUCACAGAUUGAGAAAACUAUAACCGCGGAGGAAACAGCUACAGAAGUUCCAACGACUACCGAAACUCCAACGCCUACUGAAAUUAUAAUAAUUACUACUGAAACUUUAACAACAGCUACGGAGAUUCCAAUGACCAUAGAAGCUACAACAAUUACAGAAACUUCAAUUCUUACUGAAAUUUUGACAACUCUUAAAACUCCAAUUACUGAAGAAACUACAAGUACUAAAACUUCAACGCUCAGUACAACGUCACUUAAAAUUGAAACAACCGAAAUUUCGACAACUAGCAAAACUUCGACAAUUACUGAGACUUCAUUUAUAAAAACUACAAUAACCGAAAUUCUACCGAUUAAUAAAACUAUAACAACUGCGGAAACACCAACUAUCGAAACUUCGACAGCCAGCAAAAUAUUAACGAUUAGUACAAUUCCAACGAUUAUAGCUACAACAACAACGGAAAUUUUAACAUCUACUGUAAUUUUGACAACUCUUAAAACUCCAAUUACUGAAGAAACUACAAGUACUGAAAUUUCAACGCUCAGUACAACGUCACUUAAAACAACCGAAAUUUCGACUAUAAAAACUACAAUUACCGAAAUUCUACCGAUUAAUAAAACUGUGACGACUGCGGAAACACCAACAACUAUCGAAACUUCGACAGCCAGCAAAAUAUUAACGAUUAGUACAAUUCCAACGACUAUAGCUACAACAAUAACAACGGAAAUUUUAACAUCUACUGAAAUUUUGACAACUCUUAAAACUCCAAUUACUGAAGAAACUACAAGUACUGAAAUUUCAACGCUCAGUACAACGUCACUUAAAACAACCGAAAUUUCGACUAUAAAAACUACAAUUACCGAAAUUCUACCGAUUAAUAAAACUAUGACGACUGCGGAAACACCAACAACUAUCGAAACUUCGACAGCCAGCAAAAUAUUAACGAUUAGUACAAUUCCAACGACUAUAGCUACAACAAUAACAACGGAAAUUUUAACAUCUACUGAAAUUUUGACAACUUAUAAAACUCCAAUUAUCAAAGAAACAGGUACUACAAUCAUAACGCCUACUGAAACUACUCUAAUGCCUAUUGAAACUAAAACAACUAUUGAAACUUCGACAAUUACCGAAAUUACAACAUCUACAAAAAUUACCGAAUUUCUAACGACUAAUAAAAGUGUAAUAACUCCAGUGGGAACUCCAACAUCUAUCCAAAUCCUAACAACUAGCGAAAUUCCAACGACCAGUACAAUUCCAACGACUAUAGUUAGAACAACAACAAUAACGGAAACUUUAACACCUACUGAAAUUUUAACAACUUACACAACUCCAAUUAUUAAAAAAACUACAGGUGCUAAGAUCUUAACGCCUAUUGAAACUUCAACGCCUAUUGAAAUUAAGACAACUACCGAAACUUCGACAAUUAUCGAGAUUUCAACAACUAUAGAAACUACCACAAUCAGCAAAAUUCUAACGGUUACUGAAACUCUGACAACUACAGAAACAGCGUUUACCGAAACUCCGACAACCAGCGAAAUAUCAAUGACUAGUCCAAUUCCAACAAUUACAGAAAUUACAGCCAUUACUGAAACUUUAACACUUACUGAAAUUAUAGCAACUACUAAAAUUCCAACGAUUAAAACAACAGUAAGUACUAAAGGUUUAACGCCAACAAUUACGGAAACUCCAUCAAGUACCGAAACUCAAAUAAUUACCGAAAUUUUAACAAUUACCGAAAGUUUAGGAUCCACAGAAAUUCCAGUAACUUCAACUACAUCUAUUACAACUGUGUUUUUCACAACAUCAGAAAGUACUACAUCAUCCAUGACAAUGUCCUCGAAAGAAUUUUUCCCAACACCAACUCUGACUACUUUGACUACAAUUAUUACUACUGAAACAGCUGAGACCAUUUUAAUUCCUUCGACGACAUCUAUUAUAACGCUAUUACAAACGUUGAUUACAAAUACGACGCUAAGUGAAACACUGUAUACUACGAUUUCUAGCAUGUUUUUGACUACGACAAAAGGAGCUGUUACAACUUCUUUCAAAACUGCAAUUCCAACUACAUCAUUAAAAGUAACAACGACAACGCCACUACCAUUAGUUACAAGCACAAUGUCAAGUGAAAUGCCGAAUACUACGCUUUCUACAUUUUUAAUAGAAGAGACUACAGUUUCUUUAAUACCUACGACAGCAUCUUCAUUUGAGACAUUACACACUAAAGCUGCAUUGCCAAUUCCUACAACGGUAUCCACAAUCGAAACGAUUCUGACUAUAUCAUCCAUCUUGACUGUGAACGCCACAGUCUUCACUACAACUGCUAGCACAAUCACAGAAGAGAUCCUCAAAAGUACAAUAUCUCCGUUUACAUAUUUGACGGUAACAACGCCUUCUAUCACUCAAAUUCCAAUCAAGCCUAUUGUGAUGGAUACUGGAACAACAGCUUAUGAGACUACCUCUACCUUAGUUACUUCAUCUCUUUUAACAGAAACCAUUACAGGUACGACGUCUUCUAUAAUAGAAUAUGAAGAAACUAAAGAAACUGAAGAAUAUUAUGAAACAACGAGAGAAGAAAUAGCGACAGUUACAAGUACAGCUAAACUAACAACGACAGAACAUACAACUUGGAUUACUACAAAAGAAGUUACUAUCGAAGAAACAACACCAAUAACGUUUUUUACUACUUCGUUUUCUGUUGAAACGAUUUCAGAAGCAACUUCUCCCGUAAUCGAAACGAUUACUUUGUUCACGAUAACUAAAGAAACUUUAUUGAUUGAAAAAAUCGUCACUGUUACUCCUGAAACAAUGAUUGAAGUUACAUUAAUUUCCACUGAAACAAGUACAAUGCCAACAAUAGAAACAAGUACUACGAGUACCAGUUUGGCAGCAGUCGCGACGACUGCUUUACUUUUGGAAGAAACUGCCACAGAAAUUACAGAAACAAGUUUGAUAACAACUGCAACUGCUACAUUAUUGCCAACUACUAAAAGACCAGAAUAUGCAACAAUUUUAGAAGCUGCAAUUACCGUGACGCUUGCUCCAUUUUCCGAAUUAAUUCUAUCAAUAAUAAUUACAUCGGAAACGCCUGUGACUACAUCGGAAGUUAUUUCUACAUUGUCAACAACUGUAUCAGAAGAGUUUACGACAUCAACGACUGAAAGUCCAUCAAUAACAUACACUACUCAAAUUUCUAUAUUACUUAUCGAAACAACCAUUUCUCCCAUUGUUUCAAUUUCGACAGAACCUACUGAAGAAUCGCUAGAAGCUGAAACGGAAUAUUAUGUAGCAAAAGAGCCAUUUUACGAAGAAGAAUAUGAAGAAUAUGAAGAAUACGAUACUGAAAUACCGACUGAUAAGUGGUAUUAUUAUGACGAAUACGAAACCACGACAAAAGAAACAGCUAUGACAGAAUAUACGGAAUUACUUAAAGAAAAGGCAACGAGUCCGCCUUUUAUUGAAGGUACAACGACAUCUUUAUAUAAAAUAAAAACUUCAGAGUUUACAAAAUACCUAACACAUUCUGAAACUGCAUCAACUUAUAUUAAUGUGACUUCAACCGUGGCUACUCCAGAAAUAUCUUAUACCGAAAAAAUUACUUCAACUUCUAUCUUAGAAACAUCCACAUCGACUAUAGUUGAAAAUGUUACAACGGUUAAAAUGGAAACUGAAUUAACAGCGUCCACUGUAAGUAAAGAAGAAUCAACAACAAUGUGGUUUACUUUUGGUUCUACUGAAGAAUACACUCUUCCCUCUUCAACAACUUUCAAAAUUCCAACGGAUUCACUUGACUAUCUAACGAUUCCUCCCAGGUAUACGGUUGUAGAACGGUUCACGCAAAUCUGGGUUACUACACCAAAAUUCAUUACAAAGCCUAAAGAAAUUCCAAAGAUUGCAUUGACUACAAUUCCAGAACAAGUUUCAGAGACUGAGACUACCGUGGAAAAGUUAACUUCUUUUUUCAUCUCAUCAACGCAAACGACGUUACCGGAAAGAGAAGUUAUUGAAGUGUUCGCAACAACCACGAGUACUGUAUCUUCUGAAAUGGAAAGUAUCAAAACCGUUUAUGAAGUUAUCACUUCAGCGAUGACGGGAGAAGAGACUAUCCCGAGUGUAACACCAUUUAUCACAUCUGAAGCUGAAACUGAAAUUACUACGAUAAAACCUUGGGACAUAGAAAAGAAAAAACGCUUAAAAAUGAUGCAACGUGAAAAAGAGAAAGAGAAGAAUAUUACAGUAACAACUGAGGGCUAUCCUACAACUACUACCAGUAUCUCGAUUACAUCUCCCAUCUAUACUAUUGGUACAAAUUUAACUAUGCCGACUACAGAAAUUGAAAUUACAUCCCCUGGUUUCGAGAUAUCUAUUACUACGUUAAGUUUAGUCGAAAUUACUACGGUUCCAACUAAAACAACUCUAUUUAGUAUCACAGAAAAAAUCACAUCCGAGAUAUAUACUACAGAAGAAAUGGAGGAAAUAACUACAGAAGAAAGUACAUCUGUGACAUAUACUCCAGAAAAAACAAUUAUACCUUACACUAUAAAGAAAACCACAUCUAUCACAUACAUUACAAAAGAAAUAGAGGAAACGCAAAUUACAGAUUAUAUAACUUUGACACCGUAUGUUACUACAUCUAUCAUGGAUUUGUAUAAUAUCGGUUUAGCUUCAAUUGAAACUGCAACUUCGUAUGCUACCAAAGAAAUGUAUACUGUAAGUUACGUAUUCGAAACGACUCCGUUUAGUAUAACAGAGGAAACCAUAUCUGUGACAUAUACUAUGGAGAGAGUGACAUAUACUACGGAGGAAGCAAUAGAAGAGACUACAUUUACGCCAUAUGUUACGGAAGAAAUAGAAGAGACUACAUUUACGCCAUAUGUUACGGAAGAAAUAGAGGAAGCGCUUUACACUACGGAGAGAAGCACAACUAUUACAUAUUUCACAGAAGAGAUAGAGGAGAUACAAAUUACGGAUUACGUAACCUUCACGCCGUAUAUCACUACAUCUGUUGUAGAUUUAUAUAGUAUUGGCUUAGCUACAAUUGAAACUACGACUCCUUAUACUGUUAGAGAAAUAUAUACUACGAGUUACAUAACUCUAAGCGAACCUUUAUUCGUUUCAUCUACCAUUACUAGUCCAAUUACAUUAGUCACCAGUAAGUUCAUUACUUUACCUAUUACUACAUUUAGUACAAGAUUUGAAGAAAUCAGUGUAACUUCAGUUACAACCCCUACGUGGUAUACCACAGAAGAAACCAUUACUAGUCCAAUUACAUUAGUCACCAGUAAGUUCAUUACUUUACCUAUUACUACAUUUAGUACAAGAUUUGAAGAAAUCAGUGUAACUUCAGUUACAACCCCUACGUGGUAUACCACAGAAGAAACAUACAUAGCAACUUAUACAGAUAUUUAUGGUAAACCUUUACUCACUUCAUCGGAAUUAGAGUUCACUUUAUCGACUAUGGCUAUUAGCACGACUACAGAGAAAAAAAUAUUAAUUAUACCGUCCGAGAAAUCGACUAUGCUCACGAGUUUAUCAACGCCAGUACCGCCGACUGAAAGAAUUACUAUAAAAGCUCAAUUAACAACGCAGAUUGAAAGAAUAACCGAAAAGAAAGAAAAUCGAACGACUACAAAGAUGGGAAUUACUCAAUAUACAGAAAUGAAAGAUAUCGAAGAAAAGAAACAAACAACAUCUGUUCCUGAAAAAACUGUCACGCAGGAAGAAGAAGAAAUAAUAACAAAACGAAUUUGUCUGAACGUUUUAGAAAAUACAACGAUUCCUUUCGAUAAAAGAAGAAGAAAUAUUGUAACUAAAAAGAUCUGUCUGCCGUACUUUCCGGAAAAAAAUGAAGAGAAGAAAUCAAUUGGUCGAUUAAGCAGAAGGCUUCUUGCUUUACCAAGUACGAAGAAAAUUAAAAGAUCGAGAUGGGAUGUUCCAUUAAAUUUUCGGCAUCGCAGAAGAGAGAAAGAGACUACUCGUAAGAUUGACAAUCUGCAGCUGUCGAAUUAUGAAUGGCUGAGCAAUAUCACUAAGCCAUUGCAAUAUUUUAAAGGUUUCUCUAGGAUUUAUAAAAAAAUGAAGAAAUUUCCAAAAAAGAUUGCAAUGCAAAAAAACACGACCUACGAUUUUCAAAAUUGUACUUCUCUAUAUGAACAACAUGUUUUUGAUUAUUAUGAAAGUGUCUUCCAACCAACUGCGACGUUCAUGGAUAGUAAGAAAUAUGGAAAGAGAAACGCAUUGUUCAGAUACGAUUUGAUUACUACAAGAAAAAGUGACGACAAAACAAGUGUUCGAAAGAGAGACGUUUCAUCGAGAGAGAAUAAUGAACGGUUUUGGUCGAAGAAAAAUACAGCCAAUAUUUCAAAUGAAAAAGCAACAAUCAAAGAAGAUGAAAUUUAUACGGUAAACGUACUACACCUCAAUUACGAUGAAGAACAAAUGCAUAAAGUAAUAUCUGCUAAACCAGAUGAAGACGAACUAACAGCAAUUUUAUUUGAAUCAAAUUAUAUGAAUUAUAAGGAACAUGAAACAUCAACACAAACAUAUGAUGGAAGAUUAUUAGAUAACGGAAAUAAGGAUAAAAGAAUGACAGAAAAUAAAACAGAAUUAUUGAAUCAAGCAUGGCCUACUGAGAAAAAUACAAUGUAUCAUUUAGGCGGCACUAGAUUAUGGGAACUCGAUUUUGUUACGGAACCCACAUCAGUUGUAUUAUGUACAACUGAUAAAAGUAAAACCAUUGAUGGAUCGCUCCCCAGAACGACCUGUUUUGAUGUUGUUCUUAAAAGAAAUGACAAAAUAAAAUCUAAUAUAUCUUAUUAUAAACACCACCUUAAUAGCAAUAAGAUAACGAAACAUGUUUCUAUUAAAAACCGAGAUGCCAGUCUUGAAAACAUAACGAGAAUGAAUGCAUUGCGUUAUAAGUUAAGAACAAAGCAACCCAGGGUAGCAAAGAAAUUAAAACGCGAAUCGCAAAAAUUCGAACCAAAUCAUUACAAGCAGGAAAGUUUCGAAAAGAAAAGAAUAGUAAGACUUAACGAUUUCCGAUGUACCAGCGAAGAUUCAACAGUGAAAAACCGCAAGCUGUGCAUUGCUAAUGCAAACAAAUUGAAGCGUCAAAUUGUUAGGCACAAAGAUACAAACAAACACAAAAAGAAGCAAGUAGCAAAAUCGCGAACAUCACAAAAUUUACACUCCCUUCAUAAUACAGAUAACGGUGUCGUAAAGAAAAAAAAUGCAUACCGUAAAACAACAACUGCUAAUCAAUCUCUUCAAGUAAGAGCAAGCUUCUCAUUAGACGAAAUUAAGGCACUUAAUUGCAGCGAAUAUAAAGAGAUACAGGACAAAAUAGUGAUCUCAAUGGAUUCCGACAUGGAGGAAGCCAAAGAAUUUCCCCAACCGCAUUACAACAUCGAAUCACUUAAGGGACAGAAAUAUAUCAAACUAGGAGAACUGGAGAACAAUUUGAAAAUCAACUCGGAACUUGACAGCGGUACUUCCAUCGCGAGUUUUUCAUCAAAUAACGAUGUUAUCUCAUUACCCGGUCUUAAUCUCAAUUUACCCUGUAAUCAAGACGGCAAUGGUAUCACGUGGCUAUCAAGCAUUAGCAGACCGAGUUACACAUGGAAAAGAACGGACGGCAUUGCACUCUUCGGUUUCGUGACGGAAAACGGCGAUUUGGAAUUGCGAAAUGUGAACGCGAAAGACACGGGAAAUUAUACCUGUGUCAUGAAGUAUAUGAGCCCCGAUAAUGAGGAAUCCGUGGAAACCACUUACGAAAUCCAUUUGCAAGUUGUCACGCUGCCGAGGUACAUCGUGCACGGAGAAAAUCGUUAUCAUGUACGAUCUUGCGACGAAGAGGACUUGGAUAUGCUGGUAACAUAUCUACCCCCAAAAUUGAACAAUAUUAUAUGCGAGGCAGAUGUUUGCAACGCUUACGUCUUAACGCCGUCUUGCUCCCGAAGUCAAAUUACAGUGAAUAUUCUGUUAGUGCCAUCGCAUAUCGUUAAACUAAUGACGGUCGAUCCCAAACGCUGCAAUGUCUUCUGUCUUAAAGCCAUUCAAGAUAAACUCUCGCUGAUACUGAGUAAAAAUCUGCAAAUCUUCCUCGAGAAGACUAAUUACCGCAUUACGAGCAGAGACUGGUGCCGAUCGUUGAAAAGUCGUCGUUCGCAAGACGGAAGAGAGGAAAAACCGAUGCAAACGUAUCCACCGGAAGAUCCAGUAAUAUCGGCUUGUUCUCCAGCUGCCCAGCGGGAUAUGGUCUUCGUGAUACACAUUGUGUUCCUUGUAACGUGGGCACUUAUAGCGAGGAUGGAACGUCGCACUGUAAAAGAUGCCCACCCGGUACGUAUCAACCGAAUCACGGCGCUAGAGUUUGUCGUACGUGCACUAAUCCAACGACAAAAGGUUGUUACAAUAUGCUCUGGAAUUCUUUCUCCGCUGUAAUGGUAACUUUGGCAAGUAUUGGCGCGAUACUGUUGAUAUGUUUGCUGUUACUAUGGAUAAUUUGCUGCGCUAAGAAGAAAUUCUGCGUAAAGCGAAUAGCUGGUCUUAUUAUCAGGGAAAAUACAUUUGAAAAAGAGGUAAAAUUGCAAUGUAUUAAAUUUUAAGAAAUGAUAGAAGAUAAAUAAU